AUGCCUUCUCGGCGCAACACUUCUCAACGAAACUUCACCGUCAGCAGAUUACAAACCAAACCCUCUGCAGCUUUAAGACUGAGGCAUAGAGGGGAGACUAACUUCUCAGACGUUGACGUCGCCUACCACAUGGCUGAUGGAGAUGGAUCUGAGGAAAUGUGUGAUGCACUACCUGAUCUUCCGCCAAAGAGUUGCUACUUGAUUACUCAAGCCGUUCCAGGAAGUUCGGUCUUUGAAGCCCAUGUCAUUCCCGAGUUCUUUAAACUCCAGACACCACCGGAUUUCAAGACCACGUAUGUUACGAGAGAUGGAGAGAACUAAGUUCUCAUGUGUAGCGCUGGUACCGUGGUGGCUGGCCAUGGAGGCAGUGGAACGAGUAGUAGAUCUAACAGUGUUAGUCGAACGGGUAGUAUGUCUAGCACUGCAAGACAAAGCCAAAGUCAUACCCAAAGGCCAAGCGGUACUAGCAGUAAUACCAGUUCGGGUUUUACCGUAAGACCUGGCAGUGUUAGUCGACCAAGCGGUACUAGCACUAAUGCCAAUUCUGGUUCCACCGCUAAACGUACCCACAAUCCAGUUGCUUAA